AUGAAAUCCAUCAUCACCUUUCUUGCCCUUCUAAUGGAGGCGGCAACAGUUCUCGGCGCUCCGGGCAAGGGCGUCAAGCCCGGCCCCGACGGAAAGUACACCAUUGCGGCUCCGGGAAUCAAGGCGCAAUUUAUCCCCUACGGCGCCACCCUCACCAACCUCUUUGUCAAGGACAAGAACGGCAAGGACAUCGACGUGGUUCUGGGUUAUGAUGAUGUGGACUAUUACCCCAAGGACCCGGGCCACCCCGUGUACAACGCCAUUCCAGGUCGUUAUGCCAACCGUAUCGGCAAGGGCAAGUACACCAUCGACGGCGAGGAGUACCACACCGAGUUGAACGACGGUAACAACACUUUGCACAGCGGCACCAACAACUGGUCGUACCGAUUCUGGAACGUCACCGAACACACGCCCACUUCCAUCACCUUUGCCAUUUUUGAUGCUUCCAACUCGUCGCUGGGCAUGCUGGGCCGUGUUGAUUCCACCGUGACCUACUUUGUGAGCAAGAACACCUGGCACAUCAAGAUGAACGCCGUUUCUCCCGAGAGGAAGACUCCUGUCCUUCUCACUCAACACACCUACUUCAACCUCGACGCUUACAAGAAUCCGGCCACGGACAAGAUCUGGGAUCACACCCUGUAUAUGCCCUACUCGGCGCGCUACCUUGAAGCCGACCAAGGUGCCCUCCCCACCGGCAAGAUUCUGACUGCGGCCCCGGGCUCCAUCAACGACUUUGCCAGCGCUGCCGGCCUCGCUUUAGGCCACGCUCGCGAUCAGCCGGGGUUUGCAGGCAACUGCGGUUCUAACGGCGCAUGCGAGGGUUAUAACGGGUAUUGGUUGAUCGAGGAUAAGCCGUCGAGGGACGCCGUGGUCGUUUCUCUGGCGAGCCCGUUCUCUGGCGUCAAGGCCGAUCUGCGGACCGAUCAACCAGGUGUCGUACUGUAUUCUUGCAACUGGAUGGACGGGAGCGCGCAGCUGAAGAGCACACAAAAGCUUGCUGUGAAUGGGACGACGGUGCCCAGAACUGUCGGUAGAAGCUCGUGUGUUGCCAUUGAGGCUCAGGAUUACCCCGAUGGUAUCAACCACCCGGAAUGGGGACGGGUCGACAAGCAGAUUCUCGGCCCUGGCCAGAAGUACAACUGGGAAAGCUCGUGGACAUUCGGGCUGGUAUGA